CAGGCAAGCCAACUGUCACAUGAAUUUUAGAAAGUUUUUUCGAAAAAUAAUCCUGCGGCAAACACAGUGUUCAGGCAAAAUUAUUACAUAUUCAUUGUGAAUCGGCUAGUUAUCCGUUUUGUUGGUUCGCAGUGAUGCAUUUGUACAUAGUUUAGUGAUUACGCAUUAGAACUGGUUCUAUAUGAUUCGUAUCAUGCGAGUACCUGCUGCUUGCAAAAUCCAGAAAAUCGUAAUCGGUUUCUAGCGCUUCGUCAAAUAAACACUGAAAAUUGUCUGCGGCUACGACAGCAUUCUGCUCCACGGCCCCUGUCCCUUUGCCGUUUUCAUCAGGAGGAGCAGAAGAAAAAUCCCUUUAUUGGAUCGACAUCUCAUAAUUCGAUCAAGAGGAAUAUUGAAGCAACAUAUAAGUCGGACCCCAGUCCGCGGUGUCUCGAUUAUGCGUCUCUGCAAAUAAAAGCUGUAUAUCGGAUUGGAGAUAUUGAAUCUCGACGACGCGGUAGAAAGAAAAAAUCUUAAGGAAGUAGCGACCGGUCAACAAAGACAACUUGGCCCUGCGGUGUGGAUUUAGGUGUGAAACGUUGAAUAACUAGAAGGCGCACGUCACUGCUGAGCGAAAGGCGAUAACAAGCGGACGAAGAAAUAAUCAUGCUGAAGAACAACCAGACGUCUUUCGAGGAGAAAUGGCCCCAAAUGCGACCGAUAGUGCUAAACCUUCUCAAGCAGGAACCGGUCACACAUUCCGAAUGGCAGGAGCUAUUCUAUGCAGUGCACCUGGUGUGCCUAUGGGACGACAAGGGACCGCUAAAGAUACAUGACUGCCUGCAAGAGGACAUUGUGACGUUCAUUAAGCAGGCCCAAAGUCGGGUGCUGGCGCAACGUGAGGAGCAGGCUCUACUGAAGGCAUACAUCGUUGAAUGGAGGAAAUUUUUCACCCAGAGCAGCUAUUUGCCACUGCCGUUUUGGCAAUUGGAAAAUGCUUUACAGGGCAAAAGUCAGUCAUCCGGGCACAACUCGAGUAGCAGUUCCUCGAAAAAAUCAAACCAUUCGGACGAUAGUAUCGUGCGGAAGCUGAUGCUGGACCUGUGGAAUCAGAGCAUUUUCAUGAACAUAAAACAUCGCCUGCAGGAUUCGGCCAUGAAGCUGGUGCAUGCUGAGCGAAACGGCGAAGCGUUUGAUUCACAAUUGGUGAUCGGCGUUCGCGAAAGCUACGUUAAUCUUUGUUCCAACACGGAAGAUAAAUUGGAAAUCUAUCGGGAGAACUUCGAAGCAGCGUAUUUGCAAGCCACGUCGGCAUUUUACCGAUUGAAAGCCAGUGAGCAGCUACAGGCAGACGGGGUAAAGAGCUUCAUGGAAUAUGCCGAUGCAAAGCUUCGGGAGGAGGAAGCACGUGCUGAACGCUACUUGGAACCAGGCAGCAUAACCGCUCUGGCGCAAUGUUGCGUUACAGUGCUGAUUGGCGAUCAUUUACCAACGUUACUUGCGGAAUGUCCUCCCUUGAUAGAAGGCCGAGAAACAGAACGAUUGCAGCUAAUGUUUCGCUUGCUGGAUCGAGUGGCCGGUGGGGUCGAUCCCAUGCUUCGCGAUCUGGAAAAUCACAUUGUGCAGGCAGGUUUGGCAGAUAUGGUAGCCGCGGCCGAUGUCAUAACCCAGGAUUCGGAAAAGUACGUUGAAAGACUGCUAGAAUUAUUUCGCCGUUUCAGUAAUUUGGUUAAGGAAGCCUUCAACGAUGAUCCCCGGUUUCUGACGGCACGUGACAAGGCAUUCAAGACGGUGGUCAAUGAUAUUACGGUAUUCAAGCUGGAACUGCCGACUUCGGCUACGGCAAUGGCACGCGGUAUCAAGUCGGCAACUCCCGAAUCAAAAUGUCCGGAGUUGUUGGCCAACUACUGUGAUAUGCUGCUACGGAGGACACCUUUCAGCAAGCGGCUCACCACCGAGGAAAUCGAAUCUCGCCUGAAGGACGUACUGUUGGUGCUCAAAUACAUAAGCAAUAAGGACGUUUUCAUGCGCUAUCACAAGGCGCAUCUGACUAGAAGACUGAUCCUCGAUUCAAGUGCGGAUAGUGAGAAAGAGGAAGACAUGGUAGAAUGGCUACGGGAGGUCGGCAUGCCGGCUGACUACGUCAAUAAACUAGCUAGGAUGUUCCAGGAUAUAAAGGUUAGUGAAGAUUUGAAUACACAAUUCCGCUCCCAAACGACACGACACGAUGCCAUCAACAUAAAAAUCUUAAACGCCGGAGCUUGGGCGCGUGGCUCCGAACGGGUAUCCGUCAGUUUACCGCUCGAGCUCGAAGACUACAUUCCCGAGGUGGAGGAAUUCUACAAGAAGAAACAUUCCGGUCGAAAGCUGCUUUGGUAUCAUCACAUGAGCAACGGAACCAUCACCUUCGCGAACAACUCCGGACGGUUCGAUCUGGAUGUAACCACCUUCCAGAUGGCGGUGCUAUUUGCCUGGAAUCAACGCCCGAACGACAAAGUUUCCUACGAAAACCUGCGCCUGGCAACGGAGCUUCCCGAUCCGGAACUGCGCCGGACACUUUGGUCUUUGGUUGCAUUCCCAAAGCUAAAGCGACAGUUGCUUUCGUAUGAUCCGGUGGUGGCUAAUCCAAAGGAUUUCGUCGAGAACACCCUCUUCUGGGUGAAUCAGGAAUUCGCGCUGAUCAAAAACGGAAAGCCACAGCGGCGAGGAAAGGUCAAUCUGGUCGGGCGGUUACAAUUGAGCACUGAACGAUCCCAACAGGAAGACAAUCAAUCAAUUGUGCAGCUGCGGAUACUUCGCACACAGGAGGCCAUCAUAAAGAUCAUGAAGAUGCGAAAACGACUGAGCAACGCUGCAUUGCAGGCCGAGUUAGUGGAUAUCCUCAAAAAUAUGUUCCUACCGUCAAAGAAAAUGAUCAAGGAACAGCUCGAGUGGCUGAUAGAGCACAAGUACAUGCGACGGGACGACGACGAUAUCAACACAUUCAUCUAUAUGGCUUAGAUACAUUGGAUGGACUCAACUGGGAAUUCAUCAAUUUAAUUCAUACCAACUUAUCUUCAGAACCAUGCUCUCGUGCAUGCAGUGGCAGAUGGUGCUGGAGAACACAAAAUAAAUGUGGUUCAGAUGCUCCUGUGAAGAGCAUUGGAAGCAGUCCUACCAAGACAAUUCCUCCUCGCUGGUAAUCAAAUCUGAACCAACUAUGACAUUGUUUAAUUGUUGAACCUUUGUCCAGGGAGGAGAUAUUAUGCUUGCAAAAUAAACCGAUAGGAUUUUAAGAA